UAACCUUUGUUAUUUGAUCGGCACUCUCAAAGGACACUGGCUGCGUGGUGAAUGAGAUCACAAAGAAGCUUACAGAAAGUUCUGUUCCUGUUCUUACAAACUCAGACAGUGAGAUAAGCAUAAAGCACAAUAAAUAAAAUUGUUCAUUUUCGCGGAUAAUUUGAUUUCAUGCUGUGAAAUGCGUAUAAAAACGCAAAAACCGAUGAAAACUGGGGCAUUACCUUAUUGAAUGCAAAAGCGAUAAAUAGAUCUUUCUUUUUAUCAGCUUCCAAAAGCAUUCCACAGUACAGGGGGAAAAAGCACGCUUUUUUUUACUCGUGAACGAAAAAGCAAAUUUGUUUUCAUUGGUUUCCAGAGAAAACUGAGCCCAAGGAAACUUAAUUUGUUUCAAGUGCUGUUGAGAGACGUGAUAUCAGAGAGGAAAUUAAGUAGAUGACAGGCCGAUUCGCUCACGUUCUCAUAAAAUGUUUUUCCGUCCUCUUUAUUCAGGACAAGACAGCCAAGGUUGUAAACAAUGUUAUUGGGCGGCAAAUCGUUAUCGCAACAAACAAAACAGUACUGCGUACGUUUUCGUAACAUCGGCAGACACGGUUGUUUUUUAACACGCGCUGAAGGCAGGGAAAAUUCUUCUAGACGUAAAUUAAACCUUUAAAGACUAGCGAUUGACAGUUGAUGUCAAAGACCUUGACCAAUGGGAGAGUGGACAGAUAAAGAUGGUGUAUGGCUAUGACUACAUUCCAAAAAGGAAUAUCAUUGGUUUCUUGACAUAGAAAUCGUUGGACAAGAGAGGUUAUCAUCUUAAGGUGCUCCACGCGAAAUGAUUGCUACAAAAUAAUUUAACUAUGAAAACGUCGAAUUGCCAAAACUACACUUGUCAUAUCCGUUUGCCUUUCUAUUGUUGCUUGCGAUAUACGACCGCUUAUUGGGCGUGAGCUUAGCAAACAGCCAUAUCACUUUUUAUCUCAUAAACGUUAAAUUGACGCAACGUGCGAGUAAAUCUAUUAUUGUCGGGGUCUCAGUUUACAUAGUCUUCCAAGCUAAACCCAAUAAACUGCUUAGGAUCGUGUGAAAUUUACAAGUUGACGCCAAAAAAGUCGACAUUUGAUCCCUUCGUUGACUCUGACCGCAGCAUCGUUUUUCGCUCGCACCAGAGGAAAUGUCUACACUUCAUUAAGGGCAUAUACAAAUUCUCUUAUGAAGAGCGUUAAGUGAUCUACAUCAACGGCAUUCGACAGAUAGCAAUUCACUGGCUAAUUAUCAACUCCGACGGAUCGGACAGUGAACCCAUAUCUGGCAUUUUAAUACUGCUCCCUCUUGCUAUUAAACGCGGUGCCUUGGAUUUCUACUCAGUUUUUCCGCAGAUUGAGUCGCUGCUUGCUAGUCAAGAUUUGCAUUUUAGUUUCCAGUUAACGCGUCGUUCUGGACCAAAGCUGACAACAGAACCAACAUUUACAAGCUGAAAGCAACUGAGAAACACAAUGCCCGUCUUUCAUUUCCAAUCACCGCUCGGUAUUGUUCUUCUGCUGUUGCACAUAAAAGUCCUGCAGUGCGCCAACAAGUUAGAAGUGGAGGUAGAUCUACAGUCAGGCCGUGUCAUACCAUCAGCAGAUGCAGUUAAAACUCAUGUUAGCUUCAUCUAUGGGCCAACUUCUUCUUCUGCCCCUGAUCGGUGCGAUGGCCAAGCGGUUGUGCGGCUGGACUUCAGUGGACCGUACAAAAAGAUCAAAAUGGAGCUGAUGUACGGCAAAGAGCCUCGUCUGUGGACAGCGAGCAUAUCAUCUGCUCCGACAACCUAUGGCUUCGGAUGGAACUAUGGUUAUUCGAGCAACUGUGCUGCUGCUGAAGUGUACAACGAUCAAUUUCGCGUCUACAGCAAUAAGCUACCUGGUUUUAUGUACCACGUAACAGACGGAAACUCUCUCAUGGCUGUUGCAGACGAAGUUGUGGAAAAGGGAGCGAACAUGACAAUUGACAUCACAGAUGAAGCUGUCUCUUGGAAAACGUUCUUUGUGAACUCUUCGGAGCGUUAUUGGGAUGACAUCAAAAACAGUCGGCACCUUUUUACGCUGUCAGAACAAGAACCAGCUUUCGGUCCCCCAACAGACAGCUUUAUCUACGCGGCAUUUAACCGAGUCCCUUACGGAAAUUUUCACAACGGCUCAGGCCUUUGUAAAGUGCGAAUAACAUUCAAACGGGAACUUGGGAAAGAUUCAUCUUGUGCCACUGGCUCGAACGACUGCGACAAGAACGCCAAAUGCAGACCAACCAAACGUUCUUUCAAGUGCGUUUGCAAGCCCGGUUAUCGCGGAGACGGAAGAAAGUGUAUAGAAUAUGAUCCUUGUUCUGUUGACAAUGGAGGAUGCCAACACGUGUGUCGUCACAGUAUAGGGGGACACUUCUCCUGCAGCUGCUAUGAAGGAUUCGAACUACACCCGAACAAGAGAGAUUGCAUGGCUAGAGGGGAAGUCAGCAAACGCUUCCGUGUCCGACUGACUCAAGU